AUGUCCUCUCAAUCCACUGCCGCUAACACCAACACCAACAGCUCCUCGGACGUCCCAGUUCUUUAUGUUCUCACCCCCGAUACAGCUUCUUCUGUGCAACGGGCGCGACAUGAUCUCCUCUGGAAGAUGGGCAUCCAGUUGGAUGCGGCUGACGUCGAUCUGAUCAACGGCGGCGAGUCGAUGCAUGCUACGACUCCGUCUAGUCUUCCCACUGUUCCACUCGCAAAUGGCAAGGACCCGGGACAGAUGGUUGCGCAAAGACGACACCGUGAUAACUCCGACGGACUGGCGUACAACCAUCCCUACAAUGGUUUGGAGAGCGCCGAAACUCGGUGGACCGAGGGCACCUACGCUAAUAGCAAGGAACACUACGCGGUCCGCGACACAUCGGGCUUCGUCGCGGGAAUCGCGAGCGAAUUGGUCAUCAACCUCGCGAGAUGGUCGGGGCGCGGCCGCUUAUGUCAUACUUUCGCCGCCUGCCGACCUCUUACGGGGACACCAGAUCCCAGAUCAUCUGUUUUCUUCCCGAAGCUAUACGUGUCACAAGAGGGCAGGCAGGGGCCUCCUACUGCUUCCUCGCCGGCGACAGCCUGGAUGGGCAAGAUUAAGAAGUUUGAGAUCGUCAAGCGACUUGCCUUCCCCGCGAGUCCUGACGCGCCGAGCCAAAUACUGGGCACAGUACCGUUCCCGAAGACGACAACUCCGUCAUAUUCGAUACGGGAGCGUCAGUCUCCUGGGUUCCCCAUUCUGUCAUCACCUCCCUUCGCGCCAUCUUUAAGAAGGGUGGCCCCCGACUACUACGUGGACAGGGAAGAGGAUCUCCAUACAUGUGAUGUCCGCUACACAUUCCUCAGUUCAACCGGCGAAGAAGUCGAAGUCGUGGGUCCCGCUGUUCCCUUCCUCGCCGCGCUCAAUCCGGAGCCAACGGGCUCGGUCCGUGAUCGCAUGGAAGGACUUCUCUACGCUCUGCCCGAGCCGAAGGAAAGAUAUUCUAUGACUGCGUUGUUCGGUCAGGACUUCUUUCACACAAUGUUUGCAGAGUUUAGCUGUCCGGGGGAAGACGAACCUCCCUUCAUGCGGUUCGCGGGUAGGCGGUUGGGACCGGAAGACGGCCAGUUCAUGCUACCGCCGUAUUGGAGGUGA